CUUGCUCUGAUGUGACCCCAUCAUCUCCAUCUGCACCUCGUCUCCCGGCCAAAAGAAGAAAGAGAUGCCGCACCCGACCACGCUCAAGACGUACGCCUCUCGCAUUCCCUUGCACACCAACCCGACCGCGCGGCGGAUCCUGAGCAUCAUGGACCGCAAACGCACGAACCUGUGUGUGAGCGUGGACGUGACCAAGGCGGCCGAGGUUCUGGAGGUUGUCAGAAGGGUCGGCGCGAGUGUCUGUAUGGUCAAGACGCACUGCGAUAUUAUUGAAGACUUUACUCUCGAGUUUGCAGAUGAGCUUGUCAAGCUUUCAAAGCAGCUUGAUUUUGUGAUUUUCGAAGAUCGCAAGUUUGCGGAUAUCGGCAACACGGUCUCCCUGCAGUACUCUUCCGGGACGCACAAGAUUGCUUCGUGGUCAGACUUGACCAAUGCGCAUUCCGUCCCCGGCCCUGGUAUCAUCACCGGCCUCGCGUCUAUCGGUCUCCCCCUCGGACGUGCGCUUUUGCUGCUCGCCAACAUGUCUUCCAAAGGCGCGCUCGCGACUGGGGAGUACACGAAACAGACGAUGCGAAUGGCGCGCGAAGCCGGGCGGGAGUUUGUCGUCGGGUUUAUCGCGCAAGAGCGGGUAGACGCGGGAGAAGACGGGGACUGGCUGAUCAUGUCCCCCGGGGUGGGGCUGGCCGCCAAGGGGGAUAAGCUGGGGCAGCAGUACAGGACGCCGAAAGAGGUGGUGCGCGAUGCCGGGGCGGACGUGAUUAUCGUCGGACGAGGGAUCUAUGGGGUGCAGGGCGGGGAAGAGGCGGUCAAGGCGGAGGCGGAGAGGUACAGGGAGGAAGGGUGGAAGGCGUACGAGGAGAGGCUGAGUAGAUAGUAUGUUGAUAUGGAUACAUAGAGUUGUUGAUAUGAUGCACGCAUAGUUGAUAUGAAUACGCAAUAAGCAUG